CUCUUUAUAAACCCCCUCCCCUGAAAUUCCUCUCUCAUCAGAAAACUCAGACCCCAAUUAUUAUCUUCCAUGGAAUCCCAGAAUCUCAAACACCGUUCCAGGGAUGACCCUCGUUUUACCACCACCACCUCCAACGAAAAGAACAGAGCAAACAGGCGAGAAAAAAGAAUGGCAAUGGCCAAACGUGGGCUAAGAUCACUAGUCAUAGCAGUUUCCUUCCCUUUGUCUCUCACCUUGUUAAACAUAUACUUGUUUGGUUCAGGUCGUGGUUACGCCUCUUUAGCCAAACCUUUCUGGUUCCCUCCUUUGUGGCUUUUACAUACAGGUUGCUUGGCUUCGAGCUUCGUGAUGGGGCUGUCGGCUUGGUUUGUUUGGGUUGAAGGUGGGUUCCACGUUAAACCGACGGCUUUGUCUCUUUAUUUGGGUUACUUAGGAUUGAGUAUGGCUUGGCAUCCGACUGUGCUUUGGAUGGGAGCUAGCUGGGCUGGGUUGCUUGUGAGUUUGGCGAUGGUUGGGACCUUGGUCGGGUGUUCAAGAGAUUUUGGAAAGGUGAAUCCGAUUGCCGGUAACUCGGUUAUGCCUUGUUUGGCUUGGGCUGCCUUUUUGGCCACUGUAAAUCUAAAACUUGUCUUCCUUUGAAGCAUAUACCACCAUCUUUUGUUCUGCAAGAAAUAGUAUUGUUUUUUUUUCCCUCUUAUGAAUAAGAUCAGGUUGUUGGUUUGUUCAUUAAACAGCUUAGAAAGAAACACAUGUCCUUUUGAUUUUCCUGUUGCUUCUUACAGUAUCAUGGUUUUGUUGUACAUAUUGUCCUUUUAGCAUGUUUUUCAAUGGAAUGUUUUGUAGUUUGAGAUUUUUAA